UUAGAAUAAAAAUAAGUGUUGUGGUACAAUAAUAAAAAGAAAAAUGAUGAAAAGUAACAACUGCAAAUACUGACCAUUCACAAACCUCUGUGUAGCCUUAGAUAAAAUGGCACCACUGUAUUUUGAUGAUUAAUCUGCAAAACUAUUGUUUUGAAGUUAAAUUGUUUAGAAUUGCUUCUGAAACCAGAUUUGAGACUAAUGGUUCAUUGUAGUGUUAAGGGACAGUCCACAGUAGGGAGUGGUGCAGAUUUGAACUGCCAACCAUUGUGCCCCAGUGAGCAUGUGAUCUCUAUCACUUUUUGGAUACAUAGCUCCUUCUCUCUUCAGAUCAGUCACUCGUGGGCAGGUUUCCUCUGAAUCUGUGCAAGGCUGGGCAUGGUUGCACCCUACUUCUUUGCAAAUAAAGAUUUUAAUUGUCUUUUGUGGGGGUGUGAGGAAUUCAGACUAUUCGAGAAUAUAAUUUACUUACCCAUCUUCAAAAAUGCAUAAUUUUGUUGCUAGUUACACAUUUUCCUUAAGACUCCUUUUUGUAAAAGUAUAUGUAAAAUUGUUCUUACAUAACCUAAGAAUGAUGCAUUGAUACCUCUAGCAUAUUGCAACAUAUGUUCAUGUUGCAAGGGUCAUGUACUCUGACAUUCUCGGUAAAAUUGUGAUUAGCUGAUGUAGAAGCAAAUCCCUUAAUUCAUUUACCUGAGAUACUUUUUAAAAAUCAAAACUAGGAGUAAAGUGAAGAGAUGCUGAAUAAAAUACCACAUUGCAGUCAGUGUAAUAGUAAAAUUGCUCCCAUAUAAUUUUAAAGUGAAACAGUUGUUUGUAUGUAUAGUGUUUUAUACAGUAUCAAAGGGUGACACCUAGUGGUGAUUAUUUUGGUCUAUGGAGACAGUACUGGUAUUUCUGAUACUGGGCUUGAUUCUCCUCUUCCUUGUGUUUUUGUGCAGUCACUUACAUCUUUACAAAGUAGGUAUAAUAAUAUUACCAAAUCAGAAUUCUGCAUUCACACCUAUACCACCAUUUUACACCUACUUGGCAUAGGUAUAAAUGACUGACUAAGGCUCAAGGCAGUGGAGAAUCUGAUCAUUGCAAGAACCUAGAAUGUAUUAUUCACAUACAUAACUUUGUCAAGAUAGUCUUACUGAAAAGUUACAAGCUAAAUUCAAUAGCAGUAUUAAAUCAAUUAGUAUAAAAGAUUGUUUAGCAAUGCUUGUGGAGAAACAAAACGGAAAUUUUUUAGCAUUCAGCCGGAUUCCAACUGGAAUACAGGUGGGAAAAUAGAUGUGUUCUUAAACAUAUAGCUGUUUGGGGUUUUUUUCCCCUUGUGUAGGCUGCUUUCUUAGUCGAGACCCAGAUACUACCUCUUGUAGUAAGCCAUAACACCGCAGGCAUAACUCCAGAGCAGUAUUGGCUCAGGUUGACUGUGGGUUGAGUGGAAUAUUUUGGGGAAUACAUCUUGAAAAUGAAAACUUUACUUAAAAAGACCUGAAUAGUUCCUAAAACUGUUUGAACCAGUUGAAAUUGAAUCCCAUAAUAUAUUAACCACAUCCAAUUUUCAGAAAGAUUUUGCACAAACCAAUUUAUAAGAAAGGAAUAGUGCGUGCUGUUGUGAAAUAGCUGCCUGCCAUUCAUGUGCAUAUAACUUAUAAUGGUGCACCAUAGAAUGUGAUGUUCAAAGUAAAUCCCACAUUUUCUACCUGGGUCUGUAUACAUUAAAACUUUUUAAAAUGUGUGUUAGUUCAAAAGGUACAGUUUUGUCAAGAAAUUGGGUCUCUUUGUUAGUGCACUAGAGGUUCAUUUAGCAGCAGUUGCAACCUUCCAUCAACAGGUAGAAGGUUACUCAGUCUUUUCCCAUCUCUGACUACAAAGAGGUUUCUCACAGGCAUAAUGAACCUCUUUCCACCACCCAGACUUCCCACUCCUCAAUGGGAUCUCAACCAAGUGCUAAAAGGGUUGACUAGACUGCAAUUUGAAUCUACGGCCACUUGUGCAUUAACUUGCCUUUCCAUGAAGAUGGUGUUCCUGAUUGCCGUUACUUCUGCAAGAAGGGUAGGGGAAAUAGCGGCUCUGAUGGCUCCUCCCCCUUUCACUGUGUUAUUCCCUGACAAGGUCAUGCUGAGACCACAUCCAAAGUUCACUUCCAAGAUGUCUUCUGCAUUCCACAUAAAUCAGCUUAUUUGGCUUCCAGCCUUUUAUCCCAAACCUCAUCAGGAUAAUAGGGAAGCCAUCCUUCAUACACUUGACAUGAGGAGAGCCUUGGCCUUCUGUUUGGACAGGAUAAGAAUCUUCAAAAAAUUUCCAAGACGCUUCCACUCCAUUGCAGGUAGAUCAAAAGAAAUCUGCAGAUCAGCUACCUGGGCAAUUGUGCUUACCUUUGCAGAACACUAUGCCAUCCUGGGGGAUUCAGCUGCAGAUGCCAAAUUUGGUUCUAUCAUCCAUAUCAGACUCAACUUCAAAGUCCCAGCCUCCAGUGGUGGGCACUGCUCAGGAGUCACCUACAGUGGAGCACCCACAGGGACCUACUCGAAGUAGUAGUAGUUACCUUGUGCAGUAAUGAUGAUUCUUUGAGAUGUAUGUCCCUAUGGGUGCUUCACAGCCCACCCUCCGCCCCUCUACUUUGGAGUUCUUGUCAUUGACUGCAGUAGAAAAGGAAGUGAGGGUUGCCUGUGUAUGCUGGCUGACCUUGUGGCAGGUGAGGAGCUGCGCAUGCGUGGGCGUAAUGGACUGCUACCAAAGUUCUUCAAUCAGCAGCGCAGGGAUGCAGAUACUCCUACAGUGGAGCACCCCUAGGGGAACGCCUCUCGAAGAACUGUCAUUACUGUACAAGGUGACUAACUUCUGCUUAGUUGACAAGUUCAAUACAUUGUGCAUAUUUUAUUUUAAACUUUGUAUCUGGGUACAUUAAAAAUAUUUAAAAAUUAA